AUGACUCAAAUAGCUGCAGAAAUGAAAUGGGAAGAACGUUUAGAGGAUAUUAAUAAGAUUCGUAAAACAGUUACUACAAAUAGUGUUAUUAAUCCAAUUAAUGAGGCAUCAGCCCUAUCAAGUACAAUUGACCUUAGCGAGAUUAUAAAUGUUUCAAUGCUUGAUAAUGGUGAAGUUGACAUCGAAGAGAUUAAUGAUGAAACUAUAAAUAGCGAUGAUAUCGAUGAAGA